AUGGACUCGAUGUUGGCAUUGGCUGCCUGCCACCGAUCUCGAACGGAUCCGCACUACAAGACAAUAGCAUUAAACCUCAGCCACCGCGCUCUCCAAGCCCUCCGGGCCAAAUUAAGAGAUUGCGACUCAACGAUGGUCGUGAUGGUCCCCGAAACAUUGGUCGUCAUGCUUCUCCUUUGCAUGUUUGAGAUCGUGAACGAGUGUGACAGUCGAUGGGUGGUGCAUCUGAAAGGAGCACGCGACUUGAUCCGUGUCCGCCGCUGGCACCAGCCAGCCUAUGUGCAAAACACGGAUGCUGGUAUUUUGGCUCAAUUCUGCGAACGUUUCUUUGCCUUCCAGGACAUUAUGGGUCGGACUGCCUGUGGCGAGGAUCCUGUGUUUGAGAGCGACUUCUGGGGAAAUGACCAGACCGACUGCGAACCCUGGCUUGGUUGCUCUCCCCAACUGGUCUCCAUCUUGAACAGAAUCACCGAGUUAGGGCGACAGGACCCAAUGAGUCGUCAGACCAUGGAGUUCCAGGCAGCGGCAGCUGCUCUAGAAACACAAUUGGGUAUGCUCAGCCAAACGGUCUAUGAUGAGGGCGAUGACAUACUGAGCCAGUCUGGUGAGCUCAAACGGCUCGCGGCCGAGGUCUAUUUGCAGUGCGUGUUGAACGGAGCCAACCCUUCAACACCGUGGGUGUCGCAGCAGGUGUCCAGAAUCCUGCAUCUCAUCAGUAUUUCGCUGAAGGCUCGAUUGGUCUCCGGCAUCAGUUGGCCGCUUUUCAUCGCAGCCGUCGAAUUGCAUCCUGAUCAGGACCUUGAACUAUCCUGGGAUGCCGGCAACGCUCCGAGAUAUGCACGGCCUUUCGUUCUCUUCGCUCUGGAAAAGUUGACCGGAUCAAUGGUUAACACCGUCAGAAUCCGCACCGUCAUUGAAAAGGUCUGGCAAGCACGAGAAUUGCAGGAAGGUCCAGCCAGCUCAAAUGCUUCCCCGCAAAGUGACUGGGAGCAGUUUGUUGCGCCUUUCUGCGGCAACAUGUCUCUGGUGUGA